AUGGCGCCGUACAACGAGGACGUGGAACUCAGUGCGAUCAAGAUCAAGGAAGACUCCCUCACCCUCGGGAGCAGCUACAGCAUGCGGCGGGAACCCAUCUACGACCCGAGCCCCGCGCCGGGCGUCCUGAGCCGCGUGCUCGAGAGCUUCAGGCGCGCGCCCACGCAGAUGUCCAACGGCAGCAUCCACAGGCCAAAGAGCAACUCGUCCCUGGACCUCGAGCCCGGCCACGAGAGGGUGCUGAAUGGCGUGCACUACUACGAUAUCCGCCUCGCCAACCUACAAACCUCACACUCCCUCCUCUCGAGAAAGCUCAAAGGCCGGCAUUUGCAGAUGAUUGCCAUUGGCGGUUCCAUCGGCACGGGACUGUUCGUGGCUUCUGGACAGGCGCUCGAGGUGGGCGGGCCGGCAUCGUUACUGAUUGCCUUCUCGCUCGUGGGCGCAAUCUAUGCACUGCAAUGGCUUAUUGUACUACCUCUCGAAAUCAUUGCGGCUGCAAUUACAAUAACGUACUGGGAUGAGGGCAUAACCAAGGCUUACUUUGUCACCAUCUUCCUUAUCGGCAUCGUCGCUAUCAACCUCUUUGGUAUUAAAGGGUAUGGUGAGGCCGAAUUCAUAUUCUCAAUCAUCAAGAUCAUCGCGGUGAUUGGCUUCAUCUUACUAGGGAUCGUCCUCAACUGCGGCGGGACUCCAGACUCGGGCUAUAUUGGCGGUCGCUUCUGGCAAACACCGGGGGCAUUCCACAAUGGCUUCAAAGGCCUCUGUAGCGUCUUUGUCACCGCUGCCUUUGCUUUCGCCGGUACUGAGCUGGUCGGUCUGGCAGCGGCCGAAGCGGCGAACCCUCGCAAAUCCCUCCCAACCGCCAUCAAGCAGGUGUUUUGGCGCAUCACCCUGUUUUACGUCGUGGCCCUUACUCUGAUUGGGCUUCUUGUGCCCUACGAUGAAGCCCGUCUCCUCGGUGCUUCCUCCUCCGCCGAUGCGACCGCGUCCCCCUUUGUCAUUGCCAUCGAGAACGCCCAGAUCGAUAUCCUGCCCUCCGUCAUGAACGCCGUCAUCCUCAUCGCCGUCCUUUCCGUCGGCAACUCCGCCGUCUUUGGUUCCUCUCGAACCCUAGCCGCUCUGGCGGACCAGCACCAGGCCCCGCGUUUCCUCUCGUAUGUCGACCGUAAAGGUCGCCCUCUGACGGCCAUCGGCGUCGCAUCUGCCGUCGGCCUCCUCGCCUACCUCGCCGACCUGAAACAGCAGGACCAGGUCCUCGACUGGCUCCUCGCCAUCUCGGGCUUGUCGUCUAUCUUCACCUGGGCUUCCAUCUGCCUCUGCCACAUCCGCUUCCGCCACGCCUGGGCCCGUAAAGGCCACGGCCUGCACGAGCUCGCCUUCCGAUCCCAGGUCGGCGUCAUCGGCUCGUGGUGCGGCCUCGUCAUGAACGUCCUCGUCCUCAUCGCCCAAUUCUGGGUCGGUGCCUUCCCCGUCGGCUGGGAGACGUGGGACGCCGAGUCCGUCGCGAAGAACUUUUUCUUACGAUAUGCCGCUUUCCCCAUCGUGGCCAUCAUGUACGUUGCGCACAAGUUUUACUUCCGGACCGUCUUUAUCCGUAUCGAGGACAUGGACGUCACCACGGGUCGAAGAGACUUUAACCUCGGCAUCCUGGUUGCCCAGGAGCAGGAAGAGAGGCGGUCAUGGCCUAGGUGGAAGCGCGUGUACAAGUUUUUGUGUUGA